CUUUUCCAUUUUAUUUGUAAUCAAGUAGUUAGUUGUGUUUUUUAAUAUAUCCAAUAUUUUUUUAAACAAUUCUUGCCGGAGUUUUCUUUAAUAAAAAGAAGCUAUAGCGCACAAAAUGGUCCUUCGAGCCGGAUAAUUAAAAAAAACACAACAUCUAAUCGUAUCGUCAUCGUCUUAUCGUAUCGCUAGCAUCAAGGUGAAUCGUCGCAGAAUCCUAGUGCGAACACCGAUUGUUUGGAAAAGUUUAUCGUUAACCGUUUAACGCCAUCAUUCAUCGUUCCUGCAGUUCCAGCAGCUAUCGUUCACCAUCGUAGAGGCUUAUUUGCAAACGGGAUAUUCUGGACUAAAGCAUUCCAAUGCCCAUCUUCAUACUGGAAAUAUUAUUUUUCUUUCUGCUGGUUUAUAAUAAAGCUAAUGGGGACACCAUUUCCUUAUGUCCGAUAGAGUUUUAUCACGAACAAUUUUCCGAUCAUAAGGUGGAGCAUGAGUCAGAGGAACCCGCUACCGGUUUAACCAUCAGAGACAUCCUACCGGAAGAUCCGAGUAAAUACGACAAAAUGAGACCUCCAAAGGUGGACGGGAAUCCUACUAAGGUGUUUUUUCAUGUUACCGUGAUGGGAUUGGACAGUAUUGAUGAAAAUUCUAUGACCUACGCAGCGGACAUAUUUUUCGCACAAACGUGGAAAGACCACAGACUCCGUCUACCAGAGAACAUGACCACGGAGUAUCGAUUGCUGGAAGUCGAUUGGCUGAAAAACAUGUGGAGACCCGAUUCGUUCUUCAAGAACGCCAAAAGCGUCACAUUUCAAACCAUGACCAUUCCGAACCACUACAUGUGGUUGUAUAAGGAUAAAACGAUCCUGUAUAUGGUCAAGUUGACGUUAAGGUUGUCCUGCGCAAUGAAUUUUAUGAUAUACCCCCACGAUACCCAAGAAUGUAAGCUGCAAAUGGAGAGUCUAUCACAUACUACAGACGACAUGAUUUUCCAAUGGGAUCCGGACGUGCCCUUAGUAGUAGACGAAAAUAUCGAACUUCCUCAACUCGCUUUGGUUAAAAAUCAUACUGCCGACUGCACUCAAGUUUACUCAACAGGCAACUUCACUUGCUUGGAAGUCAUUUUCCAAUUGAAGAGACGAUUGGGCUACUACCUGUUUCACACUUAUAUACCCACAUGUUUGAUUGUUAUAAUGUCUUGGGUAUCGUUCUGGAUAAAACCGGAAGCAGCUCCAGCUCGAGUCACUUUAGGAGUGACCUCCUUACUAACACUCUCAACUCAACAUGCCAAAAGUCAAGCAGCCCUACCUCCUGUCUCCUAUUUAAAAGCCGUUGAUGCAUUCAUGUCUGCAUGUACCGUGUUCGUUUUUAUGGCCCUAAUGGAGUACUGUCUGGUAAACAUAGUGUUAGGCGACUCGGAUCUACCGAAACCCCCAUCGGAAAAACGAAAAUCCACCACGAUAUUCGACAUGCCUCCUUCAGCAAAAGCGGAAAAUUCCUUACUAUUGGGUGGAGGACCUCAAAGACAAAUUCCGCCGAUUAAUAACGCCAUUCCCCCGAUUACUCCCGCCCAAAAAGCGAGAAAUAGGGCUAUUUACAUCGAUCGCUUUUCCAGGGUAUUUUUCCCGCUAAUUUUCACCGUUUUAAAUUUGACUUAUUGGAUCAUAUUCGCAGAAUACAUUUAGGGAGGGUUAAAGCUUUUAAGGCCAAAACUAGGGAGCGAUGGUGUAAACCUUAGAAUUCUUAAAUCGUGUUAAUUAGGUGUAUUUUUAUGUGUGGACAAAUUGUUCUCCCUAAAGGAAAUAUUGAAUAACUUUUUUCCUAUUUAACUUACAACGGUUUGGUUCUCAUUAGUCUCAACAUAAUGAAUGUGCUCAAGUAUAUUCUAAUUUUCAAGAAAAUCUACCAAAUAGUUUGACAGAUAUUAUGCGUCAAAGUUGUCACUGUCAUAAAUUGAAUACUUCUCAAGUGGAUCAAGGAAAUAUUGAAUUUUUUUUUCUCUAUUUAAAUUACAACGGUUUGGUUCUUGUUAGUUUGAACAUAAUGCAUGUCCUUAAGUGUGUGCAAGUAUUUAAGAAAAUCUGCCAAAUAAGUUGACAGAUAUUAUGCGUCAAAGUUGUCACUGUCAUAAAUUGAAUAUUUCUCAGGCAAGCCAAGGAAAUAUUGAACUAUUUAGCACAAAAUUGUUUGGUGUUCAUAGAGGUAGCAAUAGUGGUUCAAUGAAAUUUUUUUUGUUAAACCCGACAUUGUGGUAAUGCUUACCUUUCAAGAUACUGAAGAAAAACAACUCUCAAGAAGGAUAACUCCACUUCUAAGGCUCAGAUCGGUUUGAUUGUUGUUUUAAAAGUUACCUUGGAAUGUAUUUAAACUUUCAUCAAAAAAAUAUAUGCAUCAAAAUUACUUUUAUUCAAGUUUUGAAACAUCAUGUCCAAGAAGAAAAACAGUUUUAUAAGCAUUAGAAUUUAAUGACAAAUAAAGUUGAAUCUAGUACACCCGGUAGAUUAAAUAAAUCUUUUUUGUACAUUAUUUCUGUAAUAAAAAAAUUGCUGGUUUA